AUGGGCGAGUGUGCCACCCCUGCUUCUGCCAUCAGGAGGCCAAACCGGACCAAGCUGGGCCAGUCCCCGGCCAUUACGUCAACCGACUGGCGCAGGAGGAACGACUCCAGCUCAUCGGCAGCUGCCGCCGCAUGUGGCCCGCAGUACCGUCACCCCAACCGAAAGACCGCUCCCUGGGAGAACGUUGUUUCUGCGCCCGUCUGCCCGGUCUCUUCCUCCUCGUCCUCGUCGUCGUCGGCGGGUGACGAGGAGCGCCUUGAAACGGCGACAGUCAGGCUGCGAGCGGUCAACCACAUGACCACGAGUGUAAACAACGAGAUCGUCAGGUUGCCGAACCAGUUUGUUUUCGAGGUGACACCCGUGCGUGCGAAUCAGUCUUCACGCGCUGGUAUAGCAGUGGCAAGACUGAGACCCCUCAACGGCCCGACUCGUCUCCCAUCCACCACAUCCGAGGGCCGCGACUUUCUCCUGGCUAAUCUCCAGGAGAUAAUACGGCAAAGCGAGGAUGUGACAAGUUCACAAGUGGCACGCCAUGCACCAACGGAUCCGUCGCACGAUGAUGACGCCCGCUUCCGGACUUUGCUCAGCCGUCUCAGCCAGAGGCCUCAGCGCCCCCAACCAUCGGUGGCUGAGCCCGGCGGCAAGGGCAAGGCGGUACCUCGCCCGUUUGUCGACCCGGCAAUCAUCGCCAUGAAACUGAAGGACGAUGCCCCGGGAACCAGCAGCGGCAGCAGCGGGCGGAAACCACAAUCGGCCGACUCUGGGUACGCCUCUGGGACCAGCGGCGAGCGAAGUGAAAGUAACCGCUCCGACACGACACCUGCCGACUCGCGAAACGGCCACCUUCACACGCGGAAGGAGAGCUCGACGGACGGCACCAAGGCGCUGAACCCCGCCGCUGCCGAGUUUAAGUCGGUGAUGAAGACCGAUGCGGAUCAUGCGGUACCAUUCUCCCCCAAGAAGCUGUCCCGCCAACCGCUGACCAACAUCUUCCCCAACGUGAUGUCAGCGCGUUCGCCGGUCCGCGGAGCCCCUGCGCAGGAGAACACUUUGGCCGGCCUAUCUCAGCGGAAUGGAGCGACUGCCGCCCCGGCUGCGGGCACGGGCAGUCUCCCGCGCCCCGAGGCCUACCACCCGCACGCGGGUCUGUACCGCGCUGGGUACGGGUCUCUGAGCGGAACGGUCCCCGGCGGCCUGGCAGCCCUGACUCCGAUGCCCAUGGCUGCCGCACUGGCGCCCGCGGCAGGCCUGGCGCACAGCAGCCCCUUGCUCGCCGCCACCCUCGGCGUUGGGGCGUACCCUUCCAUGACGCCCGUCGGCGCCCACCACGGCCUGUACCACACGUACCCGCCGCCGCCGACCGCCGUGCCACUGCUCGCCCCGUCGCCCCAGGUCGCCGCCGCGGGCACGCUCUCUAUUGCCACCACCCCCGUCCCUCCUCUCGCCGCCACCGCUGCCAAACCGCCUCGCGCGUGGUUCCCCGUCACGGAGAAGCCCCGCGACCACGACCCGGUCAAGCAGCAGCUCUACGAGCAGUACCUCGAGUGGCGCAAGGCCAACGAGCCGGGGUACCACAUGAGCUGCAAGAUGCGGCAGGCCCAACGUUGCGAGGGAGCUGCUGCUACUGCUGCUGCUGGGGGUGCUGCCGGGUGGAAGGAGGCUUCCGAGAAGACCAAGGAGGCCGUCGCCGCCGUCGCCAAGGCUGCUGCGGCCGAGAAGGCGCGCCGGACGGAGUCGGUCCGGGAGGAGCUGAAGGCUAAAGUCGCGAGCCUGAGUCGGGAGUCGCGCCGGGAAAGGGUCGAGAUCGACUCUAUCGAGUGAGACUGCUUGGGGCAAAAAAGGGGCUGGACGGUUGGAUUCUUUUGUUGAUUUGCCCUUUUCUUUUUUUGUUUUUGAUGCAUGGUUAUGGCCGCUACUCUGGGUUCUGUGCGACGGCGCUUGUUCCUUUUUUCCUCUCCUGUGGUAUCGGUUAUGGUGCGAGGGCAUGGACUCCCAUCAGACAGGGGGAGGCAUAUUUUUUUUACUCCUUCGGACCGGUUUGCGUGUUUUUUUUACCUUUAUUGCUUUGUUUGAUGGAUUCAUCAUCACCAAGAUAGCCUCUUCAUGGAUAUCAGUCAGGGUCGUGGGCUAGUUACUUGUGUCCCAACGGCCCCGGUUAGUACUGAGAAUAUAGCAUGUUCAAGCUUGAA